AUGCAUUUGGGACGCCUCUUUACGACGAUCGGCCUCGGCGCCGCACUGGUCCAAGCCACCCCGAUCCAGGACCAGAUCUCAAAGGCAACGGCUGCCACACCACGCUCCGCGUCUCCGGAUCAGCCCGCCAAGCAUUUCCACGAAGCCGACUUCUCAGAGCACUACGACCCGCGCUUCGCCUCUGCGCCGCUCAACGAGACGGCCCAGCGCGCCGCCGUCAAGGUCUUGGUCCAGACCUACCUCUCCACCGUCCGCGACCUGGGCGUGCAGACCUGGCUCUCGCACAACGCGCUGCUGGGCUGGUGGUGGAACAAGCAGGUCCUGCCCUGGGACGCCCAGCCCACGGUGCAGCUGUCCGAGAACGGCAUCCGCUUCCUGGCCGCCUACUACAACAUGACAACCUGGUACUACAAGUACCCCGGCGUCCCCGGCGGCCGCGAGUUCCAGCUCGAGGUCAACCCGAACUACGUCCACGGCGCCGUCGACGACGAGGCCACCAACACCAUCGACGCCCGCUGGAUCGACAUGGAGAACGGCCUGUUCAUCGACAUCAUGGCCGUGCGGUACGUCAAGGACCACCCCGAGGGCGAGAACGUGCUGGCGAGCAAGGACGGCCACGAGUUCAGGGAUACGUACCUGUAUCCGCUGCUCGAGACGACGUUUGAGGGCGUGAAGACGAAAAUUCCGUAUCAGUACAAAAGCAUGCUGGUAGCGGAGUACGGGGAGGAUGUUUUGAUCAACAAGGAGAUCAAGAACCACAAGUUCGUUGACAACGACAUGGAGUGGGUUCCGAAUGAAGAGCUCUAA